AACAUAUAAAAGCAAGCGUACGAUUAACUCCUAAGAUACGUUCACUUUUUUUGUAUAUUAAAUAUCAAAUAAAUAACCUUAAAUCAGUUUCCGCUUCCGGUAUCUUUCUUUCCGGUUUUGAGCCCUCUCGUAGCCAUCAUGAAGGUCGAGUUGUGCAGUUUUAGCGGGUAUAAAAUAUACCCCGGCCAUGGCCGCCGAUACGCCAGGAUAGACGGAAAGGUGUUCCAGUUUUUGAACGCCAAGUGCGAGUCUGCCUUUCUAUCCAAGAGGAACCCCAGACAGAUCAACUGGACUGUGCUGUACAGACGCAAGCACAAGAAGGGCCAGUCUGAAGAGGUGUCGAAGAAGCGUACCCGUCGCGCAGUGAAGUUCCAGAGGGCCAUCACUGGGGCCUCCUUGGCCGAGAUUCUGGCCAAGAGGAACCAGAAACCCGAGGUCCGUAAGGCCCAGAGGGAGCAGGCCAUCAGAGCUGCCAAGGAGGCCAAGAAGGCGAAGCAGGCAGCCAAGAAGCCCGCUGCGCCAAGUGCGAAGACUUCUGCUAAGACGGCACAGAAACCCAAGAUCGCCAAGCCCAUGAAGAUCAGCGCACCCCGUGUUGGAGGAAAACGCUAAAUCUGGACUUGCAUUACUGCUUGUGAAUAAAGUUUUGUGGUUAAACCUCA